AUGGAGCCAACGGCCGACAUAGACCCCUCUGCCCUGCUUGCAUCCCUUAGCUUCAGCGCCGACCCUUCGCAAUCGCGCUUGACAGCGUCCGAAAAGCGGCAGGACCAAUUCAAGCGCACGGCAGGAGAUGGAGAUCAGACCAAGCGCAGGGAGAGAUUACUUUCAAGGCAGCGCGAAUCGCGAAGGGACCUUACUUCCCUCGCUCGCAGCCUUGCUCUAGAGACUGCCAUCGAAGAGGAAAGAGGAGGAGAAGAAGCUGCCGAGGAGGCUGAAGCGAGCAGCGGCAAGGAGAAGAGGAAGCGAGAAGAUGUCGAACCGAAGGACCGGUCCUACGCGCAAGACGGCCAAUCUAUUCGAAAGGCGCACCGUGUGGAUGAAGAGUUCGUGCAGGAGCUCAAGGCCGAGAAGAAGGCCUUCAAGAAGGAGCGGACAGAGGAGAAGAUAAGGGCUCGAUAUCGAGACACCUUCAUGCUGCCGGAGGAGAUGGCCCGCGACGAGUUACCUCUCGACCUCGCGGAGAGCUGGGUGUGCGUACCGGUGCCGUUGGGCGGCAAGCGAUGCCUCGUCAUCUCUGCCAAAGGCCAGACAACGUCGCGGAUGCGGAACGGCGCGGUGCUGCAUCGCUUCUCGAGCGGGUUGCCAUCGGGCAACACGGCCAAGUUCUCGAUCAACAACCCCAACCACUACUGCAUUCUCGACUGCGUCUUUCACGAAUCCUCGCUCACCUACUACGUGCUCGACAUCCAAUGCUGGCGCGGCAACCUCUACUACGACUGCGACACCUCUUUCAGGAACUACUGGGUGCAUACGAAGCUGGGCGAGCAGGACGGCCUGGGCACCAUCUCCCGACACAACGAGUUCCGUUUCGCACCCCUCUCGCAGUUCGACCCUUCGGUGAGCGGAGUGCAGGCCGCGAUGGGCAACGACGUGCCGUUCGAUAAGGAGGGUCUUCUGUUCUACCACAAGGAAGCCGUGUACACCUUCGGCGCGACCCCGCUGGUGCUUUACCUUGCGCGUGAUCGCGUGGCCGCGCUUCUCGCCGCCCUCAACGCCGACGAGGCCAAGAUGACCCUCGCUCCCGAAGAAGAGGCCGCCUGA